UUCUGUAUUGAAAACCAGUAGCGGCGUGACGGCGUCGAUGCUUUAUACAUUCACAUUUAAAGAUGGAGGAUGUUUCUACAGUUGUUGUCGUGUUACUGGCGUUGUGUCAUACUGGUCUAGCCAUAAGAUGCUACUCAUGUACAGUUCCUCCAUAUCCAGGAGCGGAUCUUCAUACAAAUAAACGCAACAUCUGUCCAGACAUUAGUUGUCCGGGACCAAAGGAGGAACAAGUAUGUGUGAAGAUUACUGAUAACAGAGGAAGCGAAGAGGUCAUCGUAAGAGGGUGCCUUUGGGACCUCAGAUCAAGUAACUGGGCUCCUCUGCUCCCUGGAGAUGUAUUUACAGGAUGCCGGAAACCAGCUGUCGAUAAAUACCUAACGCCUAAUGACUACUAUCUGAACGUGUACAAGCAACCACACGAAUCCAUAGACUUCUGCUUCUGCAAUGACUGGAUAUGGUGCAAUGGCGCACCACAACUGGUGAAGUCGGCCAUCCUGCCUGGUUUACUAUUGGCUUUGUCGCUGUGGCAUUUAUUGUACGCAUGAUGUUAGAUCAUGUCUUUUGGGUGUACAAUCCCUAAUAACAGUGAGUUUUAGGAAUCUCAAUAAUUUGUGGUCCCUUCCAAUGUCGUUUGGACACCAUUGUUGUGUAUACAUGUGUACAUUCCUGUACAGUCACUAUCAAAGAUAGAAGCAUGUCAUUGCAUUUGGUAAAACAACACAAAUGUGUCAUUCAUACCUGGACAUCUGGUAGAAAGAUUUUUAUGCUGAGAUGUUUCUCAUUAACCUGAACAACUAAUGUUCCAACGUGUUUUUUAUUAUACUGCUGUCAGUGUGUUUGGUAGCUAUCAAUUGAAACUUGAUUAUUCAGUAUAUAUUAUGAUUGCGUCUUUAGAAAUCAAGCUGAACUACUAGGUACUACAGGUAUAAAUCCAUAAGACUGGAUGUCCAUUUGCAAAUUUUUGGCUUUUACCAACUUUCAAUCGCUCAUCUAAAUUCGUCAAUGUUUUUAUAUGUACGUGAAAGUCUCUCUCCCUCUAUAUUACAGUCAUGCAUCAUUUGGACACGUACGCAUUUUAUAUUCACGUGGUUUGUGCAAUUAACUAUUCUUUACUUUUAAGAAUACUCAUUUAUGGAAUCUCGUGUUACAAUCAAUUUCCAUCAUUUACAUUAAGUUUAUUUGGUAGUCUACACAUUGGAACCGUCAAUUACAGUACUGAUCAUGUACGUUGUAGGAGAAUGAAAAAUGCUUUUCCAAUACGUUAUUAACCUGUGUACAUGAGAUGGCAAAGCAAGUACGUAUAAGCAAAAUGCAACGAGAAUUUGUGUGUGCAGUUGUGUCUAUAAGGCCACUAUAAGGUAAGAACUCAUUUGGAUAUAGCAUAUGUGUAUCAACCUCUAAUAGUUUAGACAUUUAGGUAAAAUGGCAAAAGAGUUUUUAACAUAAUUAUCCUGUAGCAUUAGCUAUAGUGUGUGGGGCGAGGUGUUUGGUGUGGGUAGUAGACAGAGGGCAUGUCACAUUUAUACAUUGUGAGUUAUCGGUUUUCAGAAGAUGAGCAGUAUUUUUCACAUUGUUAGAAGAAUAACAGUAGGGUUUCUUGUGUCUCCUGUUAUAUCUACACGUUUAUGUAAUCAUGUAAAGCGGGCAUUGUGAUUAGCACAGCUGCUCGUUCUGUUUUAGUGCGUCCGCUAUGAAUUUCGGUAUAUAUAUCUGCAUUUAAGUGUUUUUACGGUGUCUGCUGCUACAUUCACAUGUAAAUAAAAUACUUUUUUUAAACUUUUACACGAUUUUGUAUGGUACGGUUAACUGUAUUAUCCUUCACAUUGUAUUUUCACCAUUAAACAAAUAUGUGUAUUAAA